AUGAAUGCUCUCAACUUCUCGGAUAAUAGUGAUAUCAGAGCUAUUGAUAGACAUACUAGAAUCCAAACUUUCAAGGACUUUUUAAACAAGGAUAACAAAAUUUCUAUACCAAGAGAAGAAUUCUACAAACUUGCUCAAGAAAAGGUCAAGGUCACUAGGGAAGAAGCUGAAACAUUGUUGGAACAAUUCAACAACUCAGCUGAUGUAUUAAUAUUGCCAGAUAAUGAAGCUUUGAAGGAACUCGUUAUCCUCAAGCCUCACCUCAUCACUAAUCGUCUCUUGCAACACUUGAAUGUUGAUGUUGUGGAACAAGAAAUUGAAAUGAGAAGAGAUUCAUUGUUACAAUUGGAAAAGGAUCUUAUUCCACUCCGUCGUGUAAAGGAAGAAUGUGACAGAAAGGCAGCCAAAUCUGUCAAUAGAAUUUUGUGGGGAGGUUUGGGUUACUUGUGUACUCAAUCUUUCAUUUUGGCUAAAAUGACUUGGAUUGAUUAUGGUUGGGACGUUGUCGAACCAAUCACUUACUUUGUAACUUUUACUACAGCAAUGGGUGGUUAUAUUUACUUUAGUUUACAAAAGCGUGAUUAUACCUAUGAAAGUGCUACUGAAGUUAUUUUACACAAGAGACGUUUGAAGUUCUACAAGCAAGCAAACUUUGAUUUUGAAAAGUAUCAAGAAUUGGCCAAACAAUAUAAUUAUACCGUUUCACAAAUUGAAGCUAACAUUAAGCUUGUACACGGAAUGGUUCCACUCAAGUGUGAGGAAUUAUUGCACGAUAUUAAGGAACAAGCUUUGAAGGAAUAUCAAGAAAGAAAGGUUUCUCCAUCAUCUGUUCUCCACUAA